GCGGAGAGCCGUCGAUGCAUUUCAGGGGGCUAGAAUAAUUUGGUCAUAAAUCGUUUGUUUUGACGAAGUUUCGACCUGACACGUGGUAUUCUGAUCAAAGAGGACUAUGUGGAGAGUGUUGGUCGGGAUUCCUCGAGCGAUCCGUCUCCAGAUACAGAGUAACAUCCGUCAGAGGCCCUCAUGCAUUGAUGAUGAGUAUAAAGCACAGUCUCCCUGUUACGAAGUAGUCCAUCGUCAAGCUUGUGGUGUUACAGUAACUCAUAGAUGUUCCUCCAGUGACAGUGGGAGUAAAAAUGACCAUGAACAACAAGGUCCUGAUAGAAAAGAAAGUGACUGGAGAAAGCCAAACUUUGAUUUCUGGAGUCAGUUGCAGUAUGGACGUAACAGUGCACUAGAAGCUGUUGGUUGGGGUACCGGGGUAGUGUUAGGGAUCCACCUUUCCAAACUCUCCCACGAUGGGGGAGAGUCAUGUGAAGGGAAGAGACCCUGCUGUCGUCUACUCUAUAAGAUAGCCCACACCUCACCCCAGCUCAGUAAAUCUGUCACCCACAAAGGUGUACAGACAUCAGGCUCAAAGUCUUCAGCAGAGGAGACACUUCAGGACAAGGCACAGAAACCAGGGGAGGGCCCCAAUGCUCUAGACCUAGUGUUCACAGAGUUUGAGGAUCUGUGUAGGAUGUACACAGCCACAGGCAAUAACAUUGCUGGCCUCCAGCAUGCUGCCCGGAAGAACAUGUCUGCUGCAGUUCACCACUGGAAGGAAGCCAGCAAGCUGGGCUGUGCUAAGGCACAGUUUAACCUUGGUCUGUGCUAUGAGUCCGGCAUGGGAGUGGAGCCAAACCUGGCAGAGGCAGUGAAGCAGUACAGUUUAGCAGCUGCCUCUGACCAUGCUGAAGCAGUGUAUAACCUAGCACUGGUGUACCUGCAGGGGGGACAAGGGAUGGAGCCCGACCCAGACAAGGGACUCACCCUCAUGAAUAAGGCGGCUAAACUAGGCCUGAGACAGGCUCAGACAUACCUGGGGGUACAUUACACCAGAGAGGAGAAUGAGGAUAUGACCAAAGCUGUCAAACUUUUCAAGGCUGCUGCUGCUCAAAAGGAUCCCGAGGCACAGUACUUCCUGGGGAUUUGCUAUGAGCAGGGUUGGGGCACGGAUCAGAAUGAGUGUAAGGCUGGUGAGUUAUACAGAGAGGCCAGUGCUGCAGGACAUGACGGGGCCAUGUAUAACCUGGGGGUGUUCCAUGAGUACGGUAUGGGAGGUCUUCCUGUGAAUGUGGAGGCCGCUACAGAGCUGUAUGAACAGUCAGCGAAGGCAGGGAAUGAGAAUGCCAGCCACAGUCUGGAGCGCCUCCAAGCAGAAGAUCUUUCCGCAGAAUGGAAGCGUCAGGAUUUAGCUCUGGAGAUCGGUGAACAGACCAUGAAGGAGCCCAAAAGUUAUCUAAGGUCUCCUGCCUCCUCCCCCUCCCUCACAGAGUUCCUUAGGGAUCACCUGGAGAGUCUCGUCCUGGAACCUACACCAAAGCCAGCCAAGUCCCCUUGGGUACACCUUCAGGGACUAGCCAACACAAUGUCCUAUGACACCCUGGACACAGGCUUCACCACACCCAAGUUCAGCCUAGGACAGCCUGACAAGACAAAGCCACCUCUGUACUACAAUAAUACUGGACAGGCCCCACACAACCCCCUAGGGUCAAUGCAUAGUAAACUGGGCAGGUACGCCCCUGACACAGGCUUCACUAUACCCAAGUUCAGCCUGGGACAGCCUGACAAGGCAGAGUCACCUCUGUACUACAGCGAUACAGGACAAGCACCACACAACCCUCUAGGGUCCAUGCACAGCAAGCUGGUGAGGCCGGCAUCCCUGUAUGACCUACGAGUUGCCUGCACCUGACAGCUGCCUAUACUGCCAGUUGUAUAGUGGUUUACCCUCCCAGGUGACUUGUGUUGGUCCCUUUGCUUGUAGAACUCAGCCAGUUUAGCAAACGAGUUGGACAAGGUCCCAUUUAUGGCCAGCUAACAUAUAUACCUCUUGAUGUUUAUCUUGGGCCUGUAUAAAUGUAAAGGUCUUCAGAGUUACUCUAUUCAGCAUUCCGAACAAUAGUUAAGUCUGUGAGACAUUCUUCACCCCUAGCCCUCAGGUAAUUUGGGCUCUCUUCAGCCAAGCAUAGCUAGGAGUUUUUGGAUGCAUGUACUGAAUAGAAUUGCUUCUCAAGAGAGAUCCUGGACAUAACAACUAAUAUCUUUGAGGUUUAAAGCAGCAUAAUGAUAGAAAAGCCCUGAAAUCCUCCAGUGUGGUGCAUGUUUGAUUUGAUUACCCAUGAUGGAUUAGGUGAGGCAUGUUGGAUCCAGAAGUGCUGUAUUGCUAGUUAUGCAAGGUAUGGUAAGCUUCCAUAGUAAGGCUGAGGAGAAGUAUUGUUUGGUCAAACAGUACACUGAAAAUAACUUGCAGAAUCAUUGAUAAGGAUGGACAUUAAAAUAAGUUAUUUUCCUGACUUGUAUUUCAUUGUUUAGGCCUUAAGCUUGCCCAUCUCCAAAAUAGCAUUCAUGUCUGAAUUGCAAAGUGUUUUAUUGUGAAUUGCCAUUUCCAGUUUGAAUUGGGCACCUUCCAUAAUAGUUAAACUAAGAUCUGAGUCAGUAUAGAAAAUGCCAUGCACCUGGUGUUAAACCAUAAAGCUCUGUAAUAUGCAGAGAAAGCCAGAAGCUAACUUGGAAGAGGUGCUAUUAGGACAAUGUCCUAUUGUUGAGAAGCCUGUAAAUUUCCAUAAAGAGGAAUAAUAAGGUACUUUAGUCGGAUCAUGGAAACCUUAUUCUGAUCUUGAAAUUCACACUAUUGCAUUUCAUAUGGAAUAUUUCAUUCUCUGUAAGUGAGUUACUGCUUCGUCGUCGUUUCCUCAGCACUUGAACUCCCUGAAGAACAAACCAGAUGUGAGGAAUAGCUGUUUCAUACCGCAGUAUAAUUGUACAGUUUUCUGUAUGGAUUGAAAGCAUUUAUGUAUGUGAUUUUUUUUAUAUAUCCCAGUUUUAACCAUGGGUGCAUAUUUUUGAUUGCAGUGACAACUAUAUACACGAACAUGUAGAUAAAUAAUGCCAGCAUUAUAAUUAUGGAUGGUCAAAUUAAAAUGUAUGAUGAGUUUAUACUGAAUGUGUAUUUGGGAAAAUGUGAAAUGACUGGUUGCACAUGUAUCUGAAUGUAUAGUAAAAUGUUAAGUCGUUGA